AAACACAAUACAACUAAAACACAAUACCAACACGCAAAACAAUUAAAAACUACUAUCUACUAAAUAUCAUCAACAUGUGUGUCAAAGUUACCCACGAUAAAAAGUGCGAGACAUGCGGAAAGACUAUCUCAUCAGUCGUCACUGAGCGCCCUUGCUACAAGGCACGCGAGAAGGACGGAUAUUUCGGAUGCUGUGGUAUCAUUGAUCGAAUUGACGUCUCGGAUCCAGGGGAGUGCGAUGAGUGCGAGGAAAAGCGAAAGGCGAAAGAAGCUUGAGGGAGAGACCUAAAGGAUGGAGAGUCUUCAUAUGAAUAAGCAAGGAGUUGAGAUUAGAUAAUUAAGAAUGACAUUAUAUU